AACUCUGAGCAGAAAGCCCCGGACACUGCGGAGCAGCAGCUGGAGGAGAUGCUGCUGCAGAACUGAGAGGAGGGGGGGGUCAUUGUUCAGAUCAGAGUGGUUCUUACUGAGACAGAGACUGACGCUCGUGCACUGCAGCUUCCUCCGUGUUCUCAUCAGCUCUGUGGAGGAAAUCAUGUUGCUGAAGGAGUACCGCAUCUGCAUGCCCCUGACCGUGCAGGAGUACCAGAUUGGUCAGCUGUACAUGAUCAGUAAACACAGUCAUGAGCAGAGUGAACGUGGAGAAGGUGUGGAGGUGGUGCAGAAUGAGCCCUACGAGGAUCCGGAGCAUGGAUCAGGCCAGUUCACAGAAAAACGAAUCUACCUCAAUAACAAACUGCCCAGCUGGGCCCGAGCAGUGGUCCCUAAAAUAUUCUAUGUUACAGAGAAGGCUUGGAACUAUUACCCAUACACCAUCACAGAGUACACGUGCUCCUUCCUUCCAAAGUUUUCGAUCCACAUAGAGACCAAAUAUGAGGACAACAAAGGAAACAAUGAUAAGAUCUUUGAAAGCAUGGCCAGAGGUGAGGAAACCGAGGUGUGCUUUGUAGAUAUCGCCUACGAUGAGAUCCCCGAGCGCCACUACAAGGAGUCAGAGGACCUUCGAUACUUUAAGUCAAAGAAGACUGACCGAGGGGUUCUGCAGGAGGGAUGGAUCAACACUCAAGACCCCAUCAUGUGCUCGUACAAACUGGUUACAGUCAAAUUCGAAGUCUGGGGGCUGCAAACGCGAGUGGAACAAUUUGUGCACAAGGUAAUUCGAGAUGUCCUUCUUCUAGGACACAAGCAGGCCUUUGCUUGGGUAGAUGAGUGGAUUGAUAUGACCAUGGAGGAGGUGAGGGAAUAUGAACGCACCACGCAGGAAGCAACCAACCUGAAAAUUGGCACUUUCCCCCCAACCAUCUCCAUCUCAGAGACCCCCCUGGCAUCUUGUACCCGGAGUGGACCCAACAGUGCCCCGUCCACUCCCCUCUCCACUGAAGCGCCGGACUUCCUGUCAGUGCCCAAGGAGAGACCCAGGAAAAAGUCUGCUCCGGAGACGUUGACCCUGCCUGACCCUGGCCGCAGAGAUUCACUCUUCAAACUGCCCAGCUUUUUCUCCUGGAACUCCAGUCCGCAGCCCGAAUGAGGCCAGGCCUGCUCCACUUCAAAACACCUUCAAC